AUUUACCUGUCUUUCUCUUUUUCUGUUCCUAUUUCUCUUCUUCCUUUUCUCCCCACUAUAAUGAUCAAGAAUCCAAAAGAGUAAAAUCUCUAUAAAGCAAAAUUUAGAACUUCGAACAUAUUGUGUAUGUAUUUUUGUGAUGUGUUUUAUGAUUGUUCAAUUAAUCGAAUCAACGCUGAAAAGCAAAAUCAAGUUGUGCGCAAUUGAUCGAUUAAAGAUCGAAAAACAAACGGAAUAUCGAAUAAUCAAUUACAAGAUAUCGAUUAGUCGAAACGAUUAAAACAGAAAAGAAGAGUGGAAUAUUUUGCCAGUAUUAUGACAGAAAAAGAAAAUUUACAGAAACAUGAUACCAGAGAAAUCGGCGUUGAAGAAUUUAAUCAACUGCGAAGCAAAUAUGAAGGAAAAUUGACAGCUUCCCUCUAUACCGGUAUCCUAUUUGUCACUGUCAUUGCAUUGAUUUUUGUUGUAGGAAUUCUUUAUAUUAAUAAUUAUCAGGAUUUAUCUCAAAUUAUUGUUCCUGUGACAACUUUAAUGAUAUUAUUACUCAUAUCAUUGAGUUUAUUAUUAAUAACGCAACUACCAUCGACUUUAACGUCCGCUAAAGCUAGACUUUUUAUAGGUUUUGUUGCAUCAGGUAUUUUAGGUAUUGGAACUUUAAUCAUUCGUGCUUCAGUACCUUUGUUUAUCACAAUUCACGCGAUGAUCGCUGUAUUACCAAGAGAUACACGACAGACACCAACAAUUCUUGCAAUUACAUUAAUUAUUAUUCAUUUAAGUAUACGAUUUAUUUUUCUCGAUCAUUCAAGCUAUUAUCAAAUAGUUCAGACAUGUAGCGAGAUUAUCUUUUUGUUCACUGCAAUUUUAUCCGGUUCAUAUUAUAGUAUAUUAACUGCAAAAGCACAUAAUAGAACCUUUUCUAGAACAAAAACGGUCAUUGAAUCCAGAAUAAAAUUAGAAUGUGAAAGAGAACAACAAGAACAAUUAUUAUUAAGUGUUAUUCCGGCUUACAUCGCAGCUGAGGUGAAAAGAGGUAUUAUGUUGAAAAUGGCAAAUGCAUGUCAAGAAGUUAGUAAUCAUAAGCAAACUAGAUUCUAUGAAAUGUAUGUGCAACGGCAUAAUAAUGUUAGUAUUCUUUAUGCAGAUAUUGUGAAUUUUACACCGCUUUCAGAACAAUUAUCAGCCUCAAGUCUAGUAAAAAUAUUAAAUGAAUUAUUCGGAAGAUUCGAUCAAAUUGCUCAGGAUAAUCAAUGCAUGAGAAUUAAAAUUUUGGGUGAUUGUUACUAUUGUGUUUCGGGAUUACCCAUUUCUCGACCAAAUCAUGCGUAUAAUUGUGUGACUAUGGGAUUACAAAUGAUAGACGCUAUUAAAUUUGUUCGCGAAGCAACAGGAUUUAAUGUGGACAUGCGAAUAGGAAUACACACUGGAAACGUACUAUGUGGUGUACUUGGUUUACGAAAAUGGCAAUUCGAUGUUUGGAGCGAUGAUGUUACAUUAGCAAAUCAUAUGGAAAGUGGUGGUUUACCAGGGAGAGUACAUAUAACUAAAGCUACUUUACUUCAACUUGGAAAUCGUUUCGAAGUCGAACCUGGUAAUGGAGGAUCUCGAGAAGUCUAUCUUGCUCAACAUAAUAUUGAAACUUUCCUGAUAGUACCACCAGAGAAAACCAAUCAAGAAAAUCGUAUGAACGAUAAUGGUGAACAUAUUCGAACUGUCUCCAUACCAUCAAGAUCAAGACCAAGUAGUAAAAUGACGAAAUAUUUUGAAAGUUGGGGUGCAGAUAAACCUUUCGCUAAUAUUGCAGAGGCUACACUUGCUAAAAAUAUUGGACUAACGAGUAUUGCCAUGAUUGAAUCAAAUCUUUUAAUAAACAGUAAUUCUAAUUGUUUCAUCAAUAUGAAACAACGAUAUCAAGGCAAUGAAGGAAUGUCAUCCGUUACUUAUCGAUUUAAUGAUCAAGAUCAAGAAUUUCAAUAUCGUCAACAGAUUGAUGAACAAUAUCCAUGGUAUCUUCUCGCUUCAACUACCAUAUAUAUUAUGAUUUUUGGCAUUCAAAUUAUGUAUUUACCAAGGAGUAUCAUAGUUUACAGUUGCUUUUUUCCUGUUUUAUCAUUUUUGUUUAUCUUUUCCGUAUUAUCUUGGUUUAACAUUAAGAUCAAAAAUAACAAUAUCUGGAAUUGGUUAUCUUUGAACAGAGAAAUCAGGAUAAUAGUAUAUUUAAUAACGGUGUUUUUAACGAUUACAUCAUCUAUUCUUAGUUUAUUAUUGAAUGAUAUUGUACAAAUAAACAAAUACGAUAUUAUCGUAUCAUUAUACGUAUAUACUGCGGUAAUGUCUCUGGUUAUAGGUUGGACGCAUUUACGCAUUGAUUUUCUAAUAAAAUUCUGUAUAAUGUUUAUCUCAAUAGCAAUAAUCGUGGUUGCAUUUUCACAAGCACCAAUCGCUCAAUUAUACCAUAUGAUUGAUGUCAUCGAACAAAUUGAAUAUACUUCAAGAACAGAUUUUUUAUGGGAAAAUAAAUUAAAAAUAGAACAAGAUGAAGUUGAAACUAUGAGAGGUAUUAACAAAAUUCUUCUCGAAAACAUACUACCUGCUCAUGUAGCAGAACAUUUUUUAACAAACGUUCGAGCAAUUCAGGAUCUUUAUCAUGAAAGAUACAGUAGUAUUGCCGUUAUGUUUGCAUCCAUUCCGAAUUACAAGGAAUUUUAUGAUGAAACGGAUAUAAAUAAACAGGGAUUGGAAUGUUUAAGACUUCUAAACGAAAUUAUAUGUGAUUUUGAUAAAUUAUUGCUUAAACCAAAAUUUUCUGGAAUCGAAAAGAUUAAAACUAUUGGAAGUACUUAUAUGUUAGCCUCUGGUCUUAGUCCAGGAAAAAAUACUGAUGAAAAGGAACUCUUAAAACAAGAAAAUCAUAAUAUAAUUAUUCUUAUUGAAUUUGCUCUCGCUUUGAUGACAAUUUUAGAUCAAAUUAACAAGGAAUCUUUUCAAAAAUUUAAGUUAAGAAUAGGUUUAAAUCACGGACCUGUAAUAGCAGGUGUUGUUGGAGCACAAAAACCUCAAUAUGACAUUUGGGGUAAUACCGUAAACGUAGCAUCAAGAAUGGAUAGUUGCGGAGAAAUGGGUAAAGUUCAAGUUACCGAAGACACAGCCAAAAUUCUGAUCGCGGCUGGUUAUGAGUUAAUAUGCCGAGGGCCUACAUAUGUCAAAGGAAAGGGAACUUUAAUAACUUAUUUUGUAAAAACACCGUUUGAUGAAAAAGAAGAAAAUUCUUAAAU